UACAAAUACGAGACAAUUCCUUCGGAGAUUCUCUCCCUCCCCAUCCCCUCCCGCCAUGUAUGCUUGCUCCCCGCUCUUCUCUAUUUCCCAUUCUUCAUUUUCCCCGGCUGCUGCUGAUGGUGCCAACGCUCUCUCGUCUUUCGCCCUAGUCGGCCCUUUCACCCGCUUCCUACAUCUGCGCUUAUGCUUGUUUAGCUCCACCAAGUAUUCUCGCUGCACCGCAUCCUACAAGUUUCCGGGUUCGCAUUUCCCCACUGAAUCCUCUUCUCAGCUCUCUGAAGAUGAAAACGAGGUUGAAUCCGAUGACGAGGAUGACGAUUAUGACGUCGCGGCCGAAGAGUACGGCGCCGCGUCCGAUGAAAUUGGGGAAGGCAGUGAGUUGGAAGAGGAGGAUGAAGAAGAGGACACCGUUUCGGAAGAGAGUGGCGGUGUUGUCGGCAGUGAGUCGGGAUAUCAAGAGGCAAAGUGGCAGAGGGUGGAGAGGAUUAGGAAUGAAGUGCGGGAGUUUGGUGAGGAGAUUCUUGACGUCGAAGAGCUGGCUUCCAUUUACAACUUCAGAAUUGAUAAAUUUCAGAGAAUGGCAAUUCAAGCAUUCUUAAGGGGUUCUUCAGUAGUAGUUUCUGCACCAACUAGCAGCGGAAAAACCUUAAUUGCUGAAGCUGCAGCAGUUGCCACUGUAGCCCGAGGAAAAAAAAUAUUUUACACUACUCCUCUCAAAGCUUUGUCAAACCAGAAGUUUCGAGACUUCCGUGAUACAUUUGGUGAUAAUAAUGUCGGCCUCCUUACUGGAGAUACUGCAAUUAACAGAGAUGCUCAAAUUUUGAUAAUGACAACAGAGAUAUUGCGCAACAUGAUGUAUCAAAGCGUUGGAAUGGCUUCUUCUGAAAGCGCACUUUCCCAUUUGGAUGUGAUUGUCUUGGAUGAAGUGCAUUAUUUGAGUGAUAUAUCUCGCGGUACAGUGUGGGAAGAGAUUGUGAUUUAUUGCCCCAAAGAGGUGCAACUUAUUUGUUUAUCAGCUACUGUUGCCAACCCAGAUGAAUUGGCCGGUUGGAUCGGUCAGAUUCAUGGGACAACUGAGCUAGUUACCUCAUCUAAGCGUCCAGUUCCAUUGACUUGGCACUUUUCAACAAAGACAGCACUGUUACCUCUUCUCAAUGAGAAAGGCACUGGCAUGAACAGGAGACUGUCUUUCAGCCAGUUACAACUUGAUUCAUCAGGAGCUAACCCAUACAAUGAUAAUUGGUCUAGAAGAAGGAAAUCAAGAAAACCUCAGUUUGAUGUGCCUGCACUUUCAAAGAAUGAUAUGAAUUCUAUUCGCCGUUCACAGGUCCCUCAAAUUAUUGAUACAUUAUGGCAAUUUAAAGCACGGGAUAUGCUUCCGGCAGUUUGGUUCAUCUUUAGCAGAAAAGGUUGUGAUGCAGCUGUUCAAUACCUUGAGCAGUGCAAGCUUUUGGAUGAAUGUGAGAUAACUGAAGUAGAGUUGGCACUAAAGAGGUUUCGUGCUCGGUAUCCUGAUGCAGUGAGAGAAUCGUCUGAAAAAGGUCUUCUUCGAGGGGUGGCUGCCCAUCAUGCUGGUUGUCUUCCUCUGUGGAAAUCAUUUAUUGAAGAUCUUUUUCAAAAGGGACUCUUGAAGGUUGUUUUUGCUACUGAAACUCUUGCUGCUGGAAUCAACAUGCCUGCAAGAACAGCUGUUAUUUCAUCCCUGAGCAAAAGGAUAGAAAGUGGCCGCACUUUGCUUAGUUCAAAUGAACUGUUCCAAAUGGCAGGACGUGCUGGUCGUAGAGGAAUCGAUAAGAAGGGCCAUGUUGUUCUUGUUCAGACUCCAUAUGAAGGAGCUGAAGAGUGCUGCAAAGUCCUUUUUGCUGGGCUUGAUCCACUUGUGUCACAAUUCACAGCUUCUUAUGGGAUGGUUCUUAAUCUACUUGCUGGGGCAAAAAUUACACGUAGUUCACAUGAGUCAAAUGACUCGAACAUUGCACACACUGGACGAACAUUGGAAGAGGCAAGGAAGCUCAUUGAACAAAGCUUUGGAAAUUAUGUAGGGAGCAACGUCAUGGUUGCUUCAAAGGAGGAGCUUGCUAGAAUAGAAAAUGAGAUACAGAUGCUAACUUCAGAAAUUACGGAUGAUGCUAUUGAUCGGAAAACCCGGAAACAGUUGUCACAAAAAGCUUACAAGGAGAUUUCUGAUCUUCAGGAAGAACUAAGGGCAGAAAAACGCAUUAGGACGGAACUUCGCAGAAGAAUGGAAUUUGAGAGGAUAUUUUCCUUGAAACCAGUACUGGAUGGUCUUGGGAAUGAACAUUUACCUUUUAUGUGUCUUCAGCAUACUGAUUCAGAUGGAGUAAGGCAUCAAAUUCCUGCUGUUUAUUUGAGGAAGGUUGAUUCUUUGAACACUUCAAAAGUAAAAGAUAUGGUACAGGAGUCUGAUUCUUUUGCAAUAAAUAAGGAAAAAUUUUCAAGUGAUGCCAAAUCUGAAGAUGACAUAGAACCAUCUUACCAUGUGGCUCUUGGUUCGGACAACUCUUGGUACUUGUUCACAGAAAAGUGGAUCAAAGCAGUCUAUAAAACUGGAUUUCCCAAUGUUCCGUUGGCUCUAGGUGAUGCUCUGCCACGUGAAAUCAUGACAAGUUUUCUUGAUAAGGAAGAGAUGCAGUGGCUAAAGGUUGCUGAUUCAGAACUUGGUGCUCUUUGGUCGAUGGAAGGAUCCCUUGAGACGUGGUCUUGGAGUUUAAAUGUACCAGUCUUGAGUAGUCUUUCUGAAGAUGAUGAGAUUUUGGAGUUCUCUGAAGCAUACUUAGAUGCUGUAGAAUGCUACCGGGAGCAGCGAAACAAAGUUUCACGGCUGAAGAAAAAGAUAGCACGCACUGAAGGCUUCAGAGAAUAUAAGAAGAUCUUAGAUGUUGCUAAGUUUACUGCAGAGAAGAUACGGAGAUUGAAGACUAGAUCACAACGUUUGAUCACUCGUUUGGAGCAGAUUGAACCAUCUGGCUGGAAGGAAUUUCUGCAGAUCAGCAACGUCAUACAUGAGGUCAGGGCCUUGGAUAUCAACUCGUAUGUUAUAUUCCCCCUUGGUGAAACUGCUGCUGCAAUUCGAGGAGAGAAUGAACUCUGGCUAGCCAUGGUACUUAGAAAUAAAAUCCUACUGGAUCUGAAACCUGCGCAGCUUGCUGCCGUUUGUGGAAGUCUUGUUUCCGAAGGAAUUAAAGUCAGAUCAUGGAAAAACAAUGGCUACAUGUAUGAAGCCUCGAGCACUGUUAUGGAUGUGAUGGCAUUGUUGGAGGAACAGAGGAACUCACUUAUACAAGUGCAGGAAAAGCACGGGGUGAAGGUACAGUGCUGGUUGGACAGCCAAUUCAGUGGCAUGGUGGAAGCGUGGGCCUCCGGACUAACUUGGAGGGAGCUUAUGAUGGACUGUGCCAUGGAUGAAGGAGAUCUAGCCCGCCUCUUUCGUCGAACCAUUGAUCUAUUAGCACAGGUGCCGAAGCUGCCUGAUAUUGACCCAAUUCUGCAAAGCAAUGCGGUGAAAGCAUCCAGUGUCAUGGACCGUACACCCAUUAGUGAACUGAUUGGAUGAGCCAGCCUGCCAAUCUAGAGAGAGAGAGAGAGACAUUGCAGGCUUAUAUAAGCUCCAAUCUGAUCCGAGUCCUUAUAGACUUGGUGAGAGCAGCUUCUGCGUUGCAUUGCAUUACAUUAGCUUCUAUCCUCAGUAUGGGACCAUCUUAGACAUAUCUGAGUCACCCAACGACAAGACUUUCUUUUGUUUCUGCAAGCAAAUAUUCAAGCCACCAGAAUUUGAGGUAGCCUUUGAAUCAAUUUUAUUUCUUUAUUUGGGAUGAAAUUAAUUUUAUUUAUUUUUA